UGGACCAAUCAGCAUCGAGCACGGAAUCCUGUGAAGAGCGGUAGUGUUCCGUUGUCAAAUCUGUGGUUGAAAAUUAGUUUGGUUGACGUCCAGUGUGACAGAGAGUGCAAGUGAGAGGCGACUGCAUACUCGAGCUGUCUAAAUAGCGUACAGUGAAGUGUGCGGGUGCAAUGGUUUCACAAGGACCAAGCAGUCCGGGCUGGAGCAACAAGAGCGCUUUUGAAACGGAUCUCGCUCUCGACGAGUCUCAGAAAUGGAUUGAGGAUGUGACGGGGCAGAAGUUUCAGUCUUCGAAAUUCCAGACUUCGCUGCAGGAUGGCGUCUUGCUCUGCAAACUCAUCAACAAUAUCCAACCGGGACUCGUGAGAAAGAUUCAUCGCACGCCGGGAACGAUGUUUUACGUGGAGAAUCUGACGUUCUUCUUGGAGGGAUGUAAAAAGCUGGGCUUGAAGGGAUCUCAGUUGUUUGAUGUUGUUGGUCUUCAAGAUGUUCCCAGAUCUAGGACAGCAAAGGGAGGGUCUAUUCGAGGUGAUCAUGAGAGAACUCUUCGUGAUGUUUGCAUCACUAUUUAUUGGUUGGGAAAGGCUGCAAAGAAAGUCAAGGGAUACGAAGGUCCACAUCUGGAUGAAAGCAAAUUUCAAGAACUCAUUGUGGCUCGUCCAAUGAAAGGAGAGGCUCAAAAGCCAGUGAAAGGCUUUAGAAAGCCAGGUGACAUGGAAGACGGCAGUGAGGUUCAAAGAGAACAACAGGAGAAGGUAUUCCCUCCUGUUGCCAAUGGAAGUGGUCCCAUAAAGGAUUCACAUGCUGUGGAAUACCUUGUUAAUCCAGUCAGUGAUCAAGUGACACUAAGAGACAAUAGUAAAGGAACUAGAACAAGGCCAAUGUCAGAGAUUACAGACCGAAAACUGGUGAUGGGAUCAAAUCAAGAACAAGAACCUCAUGAUGAUGAUAAUUUAGGACAGACCAGACGAAGACGAUACACAGAUGGAGGAAAGCCAGGAGCAGAGGUGUUUAGAGACACAGUUGUGACUAUUGACACUCCUCCAGGUGAUGACAGAUUUGGAUUCUUUGUUGUUGGUGGAAAAGAUGAAGGCUCCCAGUGUCAAGUUGAAGAAGUCCAUCCUGGUAGUCCAGCUGAUCUGGCUGGUCUCAAGGCUGGUGAUUAUCUUGUUUGGGUGAAUGGACAAUCUGUUUUGAAUGCCACUCACAGCGAUGUUGGGUCUCUCAUUCAGGAGUGUGUACCUCAAAAAAGCAUUACUGUUGGUGUGAGAAGAUCAGUUCCAAGAAAAGUUGGUAGUGACCAGCAUCAGGAUAAUACAGUGUCUAAGUCUGACAUUCCGGUUUAUUCUGUGGCCGUGAAGGCAGAAGCUGCAACGAUGUUGGAGUCUUCUGCAUCUGCAGCUGGCUUAGUUGAGCCAGUAGGAAUCCAAGACUCAAUUAGAUCUACACAAUACGUUGAUAACAUAGAUAUGUCUCCUACUCCUAUGUCUCCUACUCCUUUGUCUCCUCCACCAGUGUCUACUCUGCCGAUGUCUCCACCAUCAGGAGAUGAGAAGAGGUCACGUAAAGCAAGAUACAAGACAUCCCGAUCACUGGAAGUACACUACCAAACAAAGAAACGCACUCGGACGGAAGUAAUCACUCAAGAGGAGGAGGAGGAAGUGCCUGCAUCGCUCCAGUCAGGCCGUAGCAAAAGAACUGUGUAUAUUACUCGUGCAACACUUGUUAGACAUUUUGAGACAAUAACACAUCCUAAAAGAGAGAUUGCAUGGCUGACAUUACAUGCUGGAGGGCUGUUUGCUGGAAUUUCUGUCAAGCCUGUUUCCACACCUCAGACAGCAAAACCUCUUGUGGAAGAAAUGGUAAAGCAACCUGCUUUAUUGCCAUCUGAGAAUGCAGGAAUUGAAGAUGAAAUCGUCAUUGACAGUGCACCACUUGUGAUGCAUGAAUUAGUUACAGCAAAAGUUGAUUUUAAUGGAAGACCAGAACAACGUGAGGUACCAGAAGUGAGUGAGCCUGUUGAUGUUGCACCUAUUACAAUUGUAGAAGCAGCUGCAGUUGUAGAAGCAGCUCCAGUUGUAGAAGCAGCUCCAGUUGUAGAAGCAGCUCCAGUUGUAGAAGCAGCUCCAGUUGUAGAGUCAACUCCCAUGGAAAUGGAAAUCUCUGACAAGGACUUGGUAUCAAUGCAGACAGUUCCAGAAGAUGAAAACAAUGUUGAAAUGCUUAGGAAGCGUCCCAGAUUAGGUAGUGCUAAUGGUGAUGGUGAGCAAGAAAAUGCAAAGAAAGAAUGCACUGAUGGAGAUUCUGAUGAAGAUCAGGUUGUACCUGUAGCUAUGAUGCUGGGUCCACCCAAGAUAAAUCGUCUUGGUCCUGCAGCUCCAGUUGAAUUAAAGCAACUAUCAGUGGUAAAUAGUGAACUAGAAUUUGAUGAUCAUUUGGGAAAUGAACUUCAAACGCAACCUGAAGAAAGCCUCAUCUCUAUGACAAUGGUAAAGCCAGAUUCGGGUACUGAGUGGUUGCAAGGUUCAGAUAUCUUUUACGGAUUAAGAACGACAACAGCAAGUGAUGAAGAUGAGCCUGUUUGUUCUACAGUUCCAGUGGAACAGGAGGAAGCAGUUGUUGCAGUAGAUGGUCUUGUGAUGGCAAAAGGCUCUUCUGGGAUUAGUUUUGAUGCAAGCAAGCCACUGCAGUCUCCAGAGCAAGUGGAAAUAGAAUUGCAACCAGUUGUUGAGUCAUCAGCUAUGGAUUGGGAUGAUCUGUUUUCACCACUGUCUACUGAGACGAAAGGUCUUGGGAGUAAUGAAGUUACAAGACCAAAGACACUUGAUGUCUCUUCAUAUCCAGAUAGACCAAAACGCAUAUCGUUGACUGCGGAAGAAAAGGCAGAAUCAAAGAAGAAGAUGGAAGCAAUCUGGGCUAUAGCGGCGAGCAGUGAUGAUGAGGAUAGAGAUAGAAGCAGACGGUCCCAAUCUCCAGCAAGGUCGGUUUCAGAAUCAGAAGCUGAAGGUAUGAAAAAGAUGGCUCUCUUUAGGCCGGCUGCUCGUCUCAAUUCAUGGGAAGAAGAGACUGAAGGGAAAGAAAGUCAUAUGACAACAGUUGAGGGCAUGGACCAUCUAUUGGCCGCUCUUUCCAGCAUUAAGACAAAGUAUGGAAAUGAGGUAGCUGGCAAUGAGGGAUUUGACUUCUUGGAAGAAAUGAUCACUGGUUCAGAGUUUAGAAAUGCAUUAGAAGUUCACUAUAGAUUAAAGGCUAUGGGCGGUGAUGAUGCUCCUUUGCCGGUCGGAACUGAUCUAUCACCUUGUGCUAAGCAGACUAAAGCGUCAUUGAAUUCGUCGGACGGUGAUGACAUGAAUGAGCUCAAAGGCCUUCUGAAGAACCCAUACUUCCAGGGUGUGUGUUUUGCUCAUGAUAAAGUAGCAUCUCAAGACUUCACUCGACCUACUUCAAACCCAAAGGAUGAAACUGCAGCUGCUUUGUUAGUCCUACCUCCUGUUGCUGAUGCAGAUGAAACGCGGGUGGUGGAGAAUCCUGUGAAAUCAGGAAAACCACAUGGUGGUGAUGCCAUUUCUCCACUUGAAGAAUCAGUGCUCAAAGAACCACUGAAAGUAGUGCGUGUUGACAGACAAGGAAAUGAUCCAGUGGGAGUAACAGUUCUUGUGGAUGAAGAAGAUAAACGAGUGUUUGUGGCUCGAGUGCUUGCUGGAGGAGUGGCUGUAAGUCAAGGUGAGAUAAAGGAAGGGGAUGAAAUUUUGAAAAUAAAUGGUUUCCCAGUUGCUGGCAAAUCAGUUGAUGAUGUGGCCGACAUGAUGAGGUCUACAAGUGGACCUGUUGAUUUUACAAUUAAAUCAACGGAUGCUGCAGAAGGACCAAACCUAUCUACUCAGAUUUUUGUGAAGGCUCAGUUUGAUUAUGCUCCAAACGAUGACUCUUACAAUCCAUGUCCUGAGAUUGGUCUGUCUUUUCAUGUUGGAGACAUUCUUUGUGUGCUAAAUCAAAGUGAUCCCAACUGGUGGCAAGCUGUGAAAGUGGAUGAGGGAAACCAAUUAGCUGGUCUUAUUCCCAGUAAACAGUUGCAGGAAAGUCUUAGUGCAAUGAAACCAAAAACAGCUGAUGGUGAUGAUGCAAGGAAACAAAAGAAGAAGAAACUUCGUUGGAAGAAGAAACGAAAGCACAUUUAUAGAGUUGAAGAAUCAGGAGACUAUGGUGUUGAUGAAAUUCUUUCAUAUGAAGAAGUUGUAAAAGUUGAUCCUGAUCCCAACUAUAAGCGGCCAAUUGUUCUUAUCGGUCCUCUUGGUGUUGGCCGACGGGCUGUUAUUGAGAAGCUGAUAGUAGAUUACUCUGAUAGGUUUGCUGCACCUGUUCCGGACACGUCUCGGCUUAUCAAACCUGGUGAAGAGGAUGGAGUCGAUUACAACUUUAUUGAUCAGCGCAACAUGCAGAUUGGCAUUCGUGAAAAUCGUUAUGUUGAGUCUGGUGUGAGCGAUGGCAAGUGGUAUGGAACCAGUAUGAAAGCUAUUCGAGACAUUGGAGAGUCAGGGAAGGUUGCAGUUGUACUACUAUUUUCCAAAGCCCUUAAAAUUCUCAAGUCAUCAGAUUUAAAACCUUACGUUGUUUAUAUGAAGCCAACCGCCUCUGUGGCAUUCAGUCCUAGUAAGGCUCAUACAAAUGGCACAACAUCAGGUUACGACAAGAAAGAAAACACAGAAGGAGAUAUGAUGGAACAAGCAAAACAUAUUGAGACUUACUACCGUCAUUACUUUGAUGCCACUCUAGAAGUUGGAGAUAUUCAACAGGUUGCUGAAGAGCUGAUUCGAAUUGCUGAUCGCUUGGAAAGCGAACCACAAUGGGUAUAUGCUAAAUGAGUUGGAUAGAUCGAUGCAGAGCAUGCACAUACUUAGCAACGCAUAUUAUUGUUAGUGUUAAUUUUUUUGUGGAUUUUCCAUUUGCAAUUAUUGCAUGGAAUACUAUAGCUUUUUAGGGUUGUCUUAUUUUGAUAGACGUGGUCAACUCUCUUGUAGUGUGCACAAUAUCUAACUUCGGAUGGUUGUCUAAUUAAUUAAUGCUAUUGUUGUAAGUUGCA